AUGGAGUACAAGGAAGCCAACAAAACAAGAAUUUACAUGGAAGCGAGGUCAAGUAUUUCACACACGGGAAGAGUACGGUUUCAUUUUUUGUGUCCGCGAUUAACACGCCAAAAGCGAUAAAAAACUCAGUCAGAAUAAGACAAAGAGUUUAUAUUUUACUUUUGAAAGUGUUCUGUUCGAACAAAACAGAGAUAAAGAAUAUUUCGAGUGAGAAACACGACUGAAACUAAAAGGUUAUUGAAUAUUCAAAGAAUCGAAAACAGUUCAAGCGUGGAGGGCUUGCGAUUGCUGAUAAAACUACAAGCUUUACGGUAAGCUAGUUAACGCAUCGCGCUUGUAGCUUAUCUGGUAAGAACAGUUCUUCAUAUGUAAACAAUGUUCUGUCCUCGAUUCGAGGAAAUAGUGUUGAACUAUCGCGAUUCUUUUACGAAUUAGAAUUAACACUAGACGCUUUUUGGUACCGCGCGCGGGUUGUUACAAAAAUAGAGUGUAAAUUGAUUUCUCCACGUUGAGUCGCAAUUUGUCCGCUCUUGUUUGGCAGAUUGUUAAGCGACGUUCAGGAACUAACGUUUCCCAUUUUUAAAUGUGACUAUCGAGUGUUGUGUCGAUCUUAAUGUUGGGACUUGCCGGAGCACAUACGCUGUAAAGCCGUUUUCGAUUUGUAUUAAAAACUUUCUCUUUCAUAUCGGGUGGCCAGCUUGUUUUCGCCAUCAGCCGUGUCGAAAAAAAAGUGUCAGAUCGCGCAGUCUGUCUUUCGGAUAGAGUUUGCCGAUGUUUUGCAAUCUUUUUAAAAGAAUGACAUCAUUUAUUCGGAAGCAUACCUUCUAAGGUUAUGUUUUCAAGUGUUAUUUUUAAAAUCCCAAAGUUGCCUUCUCUAAAUUUAUUUAACGUCUUCCCACGAGCCAAUUUGUAACACGCUGACGCAUGUUUCACGCGACAUAAAACUUUUUCACUGUUAAGAAAGAAAGGAAAAAAAAAAAGGAAAAAAUUAUUAAAAAUUUUUUCUCGAGUUUUCCUGACUAUCUGGGUGAUCUAUUAACACCAAACAAAUUGAUUGUCUUCGAAGAAGUAAGAUUGUUAUUCGGAAGCCGUGUUUUCGAAUGUCUUUGUGGCAGGCGAUUUGUUUAAAAAACCGCGGCCGCGUGUUUCAUGACAUAACCACAGUCAAAAACCUCGUGUCUUGUAGAAAUGACGAACAUGAAACCCUUUUCUAGAUUUCUAAUGGCUGUUUCGCUCUCUUAACACCAGAGGUAACAAAUGGAAUUCGCAGAUAACGGCCUCGUAUAUUUUUUUUUUACUUUGCUUUGUUGUUGUUGUAUUUUUUUUUUGUAAGUGACCGUUUUCAAUAUGCUUUAGGCUUCAAGCGCUUCCUGAGGAAAUAGUUGGAACACUGUUUAUUUUUUUUUUAAGAAAAAAAAGCGAGAAAUGCACACAUGCCUGUUGUCACGUGAGGUUAAACAAAAGACUAUUAUUGGCACCAGGCUGUCUUAAGUCAACAGUGAAGGUGUUUAUUUCAGUUUUGUGAUAGUGGUAAUGAACUACCACAGUGCACAAGUAGGUACUUCCUUAAAGAAAUGUGAAAGUUCCCCUUGAGGGAAAAAAGUUACAUUCCAAACUCAUGAAACAUAGAAGUGCAUAGUAAUUAUUAUCAACUUUCAACAACAGAGUUGGUACAUUCUUUCUUUUUUGUGUUUAGCAACUUAAUAUUAUUAGUAGUCAUAUCUAUUUUUGUUUGUGAAGCAUUUGUAGAACACCAUUUGAAAAGCUGGGCUUUUAACUAUGUCAUAAAUCAGAUAAACUGAGAAAUAUUAAGAUAAAGGUUUUAUGGAAAGAUGUAUUUAAGGGAUAUAAGGAAGCCUGCAAUUUCCAAUAGUUUUCUUUGGUUUUGCUUACUUCAGGGACUUUUAAGAAUGUUUUAUUUUAUAGGUGACAGCCAGAGUUAUUUAUGGCUUGCAAAUCAUUUAUCUUUGAAAAGAUGUCUACUUUGAAUAUUUGUGUUAUUUCCUUAUUUAUCAUGUCUAUAGAGACUUAAAUUAUUUUAAAUGUGCUAAAGGUGAUGACUGUUAGUUCCACUGAACACUUUUAGGUUUGUAUACCAGUCAAAUGAUUGAAAUUGUUUUACAUUUAUGGUUUUUGAGUAGCGCACUAGUCAAGAAAGUAACAUACAAACCAAUUGCAUACUGUAAUAUGUUCUUAUCUUCUCUGGACAUUUUUUUUCUUAUCAAUUCUUUUCUCUGAGUCAAUAGUGAAUACUAAUUUGAUGUGAAAUGUCUUCAGUAAUGGUAUUUUACUCAGAAGAGAGGUUGACAAAAUAAUGUUCUCUUAUGACAGAAAGCAGGAAUGUGUUACAGUACUUGGUGAUCAGAAUGAAUGGGCCUGCAGAAGCAGUUGGAGUCACUUGUUCAGUGAGUGAAAACUUUGAGCCACAUGCCAAGAAACAGAGACUGGAUAAUGAUUGUGAACAGAAAAUAGACUUUCAAACUUCAUUGCCUUCUAAAAGCCUUCAAGGUAAUUAACAGCUGUUAAUGGGGUGAAGUUGUUGGUCUAAAAUAAUUAAAAAAUGAUUGAAAAUCUGGCUUUUUUUCCAAUACCUCGUACUUCUUUAAUGCAUUUUCUCUUCACUGAAUUAUAUGUUCAUAACUAAUAAAAUAUUGGAGGCCUAAUGUAUGUUAACAUACAUAUCUAAAAGCUGAUUGCAUAGUACCAUUUCAAAAAAAAAAAAAAAAAAAAAACAAGGAAAAGAAAAAUCAUGUUCACAUUUUAAAAAAGAAGAAAACUUUUAAUUAUUUGUGAUGUAAGUGAGUCCUAACAAAACAAUAAUGUCUUGAAUACACUUUUAAAAGUAAAGGGAUGCAGACAUGAAAGUUGGUCUACCUCGAUCUGCUAUUAAUUAUGAUGUUGCUACAUUUUAACUUAUCAUUAAUUUAUUGAAAAAUAGUUCAAGGUAGCUAGGGUUUGAGUUAUUGGGAUUGGUGUUGAAUUUCAAUUAUCUUGUUAAUUAAUUGUGUACAUUUAGUUUGUUUUUAUAAGCGCUCUCCUAUAAUUACUUUUAGUUUGGAAAAUUAAUCUAAAUGUGUUAGGUUUUCAUAAAUGUUAUUAUGUUCAUAUCAGUAGCAAUUAAAGGUUGGGAAGUAUCAGUCAGCUAUGUUCUGACAAUUUGACAUUUAUCAACCAUUGUUUUUACUUGAAGUUUUUACAUAAGUUUGAUUUAUGAGUGUAAGUUUUAGCCAAGAGAAAUAAAAUUUGUUUGAGUUGAGGGGAAGUUUGAGUGAACCCAAGUUCAAGACAGCUGACAGCAAAUGCCUGGAAAAAUGGGAUCAAAUCAAAGGGAAAGUGGAUCUUGUUCAAGCUAGCAGGGGUUCCAGUGAACUGGUUUUUAGUUUGUGGGGGUUCUACUGUAACUAUGAUUGUAUUGUUUUUAUGUAGCUAUAUGAGAAGAAAACUAUACUCAAUCAAUAGAUACUCUGAAUUUAUCAUGACUAGUAUUGAAAAGCCAAAGUUUCCUGCUUUAUAUCUUGUGCAUAACAGACCAAAUUGAAAUCUCAGACCUUGGUGGUAAUGGAAAAGAGCAAAUCACAGCUGUCACCCAUGACCAGGUUCAACCUAGCAAUGAAGGCACACCAAUUGCAGGCAGCAAAAAGAAUAAUCCAAUUAAAAAUGUGGAGGACCCAAAUUCAGAGGGAAACAAAAGUGUUGUCAAUGGCCAGCAGCAUCUAAAUAACAAUAUAGGAGACAGCAAGACCCAAGCUUCCAGUGAUUCAAAAGAUUUGCCUAUUGUGAAAAAAGAAAAACCAAGUUUUGAGGAGGAUGAUCCAUUUGCAGCCUUGGACUGGAAAGAUGGAAUUGCUACCCUUCCAGGUAUUGAUGUAUACAUGAUUAUAAUAUUCACUCAGAUCAUUUACCAUAGUUAGAGUAAAGUUUCUUAAUAUGAUAUUUUAGGGAAAGAAGAGGGAUCUUGCAGAGAGGAUUUUUAUCUGAACAACAUUUUCGAAAUGUACUUUUGAAUACGAUCGAGUUACAGUUAUUUUGCUCUCAGCCAGACAGCAGAAUAAAUCACAUUCCAAAACACCUUUGUGAAAUAUUUAACAGGGCUCACUUGAUGUGGAAUGGCUGAAAGCCAGUGAGGCACUGGCUCUCAUUGAUUAAAGUAUUAUCAUUUGUCUCACCAUGAAGUCACUACCCAUGUGGAAUGUGACAUUUCCACUACAAAAUGUCAGUCUAUUUCAUGAGAUGAGAGCAACUAGAUAUGUAUACCUAUUGAAGUGGCUGGUUUUCCACAGCUGCAAUCUGUGCAUUUGGAAGAUUAUCCUCGUAGUAGUCUGCUGUUGCAUGGCUCUCUUGUUGCUGUGUUUCUUAAUUUUGGGUAUCCAUACCUUUGGGAUAUAUAUUUCUCAGAAGCUGGUGUGUUUGUUUGGGCAAAGUUUUAUGCGAGGAGCAGUUUUUAUCCUGCAAGAACAAAGUAAAAGAGGUUACUCACCCCAACAACAUCAACAGAGAUAGUAGAAUACAAAUCCCAAAAGCAUGGAUGCUCAUGAUCAAGAAGCACAACAAUAGAAGAGUAAUGCCUCAGCAGAUGACUGAGGGAACAUAUCUUUGAAAUGCUCCAAUUACAAAUUAUUAUGAAAAACCAGCCAAUCACAGUGGAGAAUAGUACUCAUAAGGUGGUAUGUACUCCACUGACCUCAUCACUGGGUGAAGAUCAGCAAUAUACCCAUUGAGAUGUCAUGAUCCAUUCUAAAAGUAAUAAAAUCAUGAGACAAAAGAUAAUACUUCAUUUCUGGUGUUUCACAAUGAAUGAUAAGCAUGCACAACCUUUUUGACAAUGAUGCGGUCAUAAAGUUGGCUCCAAGCAAUAAUCACCAAGUAUCUGUUGAUCCUUGCAGAAAUUUUCAGAAUAUGUUAUUGUGUAGGUGCUCUGUACAAAAAUCAGUGAGAUGUCUAAGUGACUUUCAGUUGAAGGCAUUUUCACUUGACAUCAACUCUGAUUUUCAUAUCAUAUGGGAGAUUCCUAGAAACUCUAACGUUUAUUGUUUAAUUUCCACUUUCAUCAAGAGCAUGUGAAUGUGUCUGCUACAAAUUAAAAUAAUGUGUAUGUUAAUGUUCCUUGUAGAUUUAGUUUGAAGUCUUCACUUGAUUGAUUUUUAAUUUCAUUCGAUAUGACAAUUUUCCAGCCAAGGAGAAAACAGACUUGACAUAUCCACAAGUAGCACGUGGUUAAAAUUGUUAUUGCUUUUUAAUUUUUUCAUUGGCAUGUUUUUCAACAGGGAGCAAUCUGAAGUUUAAACUGACUGAGUUUGGGACUCUAGAGAUAAUAAGUACAGUGGAAACAGAGAAAGGUGAAAUACAGUGGAGUACACCAACGGAACAUCGAAAAACAGGAAGUGAGGAAACAAAUGAAAAAUCAAGCGAGGGAACCAGACUAGAUGACAAGAAAGACAGUGGUAUGCAUUUUUAAGACAAAUGGCUUUUGAAAAGAUACUGCCACAUACAGUUAUUUUAAGUGAAGAUUGUUAACAAUCUCUCUAUUUUCUCAGUGUAAAUCAACCGGAAUGAUAUAACACCGCAUUUGAUUUACGCAAGGUUAGAGGUCACACGAGGAUGUUAUCAGCACAAGGAAAACCUCUGUGAUCUAACAUCCUGCUUUGUAGCAGUACAGUAAUGAGAAGAUUGUGACCAACAGGGUGAUUGUUUUAAUGCUACAUAUGUUUGAGUAAGAGAUGGCGUGAGUUUUAUUAGACCAAUCAUAAAGCGCAGUUAAACUGGUAACGCAGUUCCAGAUUAUUACCUAUUGUCAAUUGAUGAUUACUCUGAACAACAUUCUACUGUUGUUAUUUCAUUAGAGGAUUGUUUUUAUUUUUUUUCGUAUCCGUUGAUCAAACAUUUCGACAUUCUCUCAGGUAUUCCGAAGAAAGCUAAUACGACAAAAAACAGUUCUCCUAAUGCUACCGACAUCCUAUGCUGUGAAGUGUGCGGGAAGAAUGGGUUGCGGCAGGAAUUCUCAGCAUCAGGAAGGUUUUGUGGUUUGUCUUGUGUGGGAGUGUACACCGGCAGAAGAAACAAGGGCAGGGAAUUUGUGCGCAAGGUCAAAACUGCAGACGGAAAGAUCGUGAAGAAGAAAAAGAAGGGAAAAGGAAAGAAAAUCGGGACAGCGGAGAAACCACCGGUGGCAGCUGGUGCACAUGUAUGUGAAAAAUUUCAACGAUAUUCUGUUCUCAGCCUGUGUUGCAUUUUUUAAAGAAUUAGAGUCACUGCCAAUAUGGUCACUCCUUCUCAAAGUAUGGCGCAUGAGGAAGAUCCCUUAGCUUGGUCAGUCAGUGAUACAUUCGGUUGUUGUUCACUUACUCGUUUUCUCGUUUUGUAGGACUCUGUAACGUCAGUUCAGGAUGCUUCGCUUGUGGGCAAGUUUAAACUAAAAGGCAAAGGAGAAAAACAUAAAAUCAAGGCGGCCAAGCAACAGAUCUCGUUGGAACCCUCCAAUCUGAUGAAAGGAGAAGACGGUAAAUACAACUGAUAUUGAAUGAUCUUCACUUCCUUUUCUCUUGAAUCUCCUUACCCUCCACGAUUCAGUCAACUAACCUUUUAUUUCAUUGCUUUUUUUUAUUUUAGUUCCGUAUGACUCUACCAAACCGUUCGUAUGGUCAGAAUACUUAGUAGCGUGUGGUGCCAAAGCAGUCCCUAAUAUUGUAUUUAAACAGGUUUGUUGUCAGUAAUUAUUUUCUUAUUUGUAUAAUUUUAGUUCUCACCUUUACACUUUGUUGAGUUUUGUUUUCUUUAUCCCAAGCGAUCAGGUUUGGAACCCUAUGUUUCCCCAUAGUUUGCGAUAAGACUGUAUAACAUAUAUAGACUUUACACUUAUUGUCUUGUCAACUCCUUGUGUAUAAAAUAAAAAAAUAAAUAAAUAAAUAAAAAAAAAAAAAUGGAAAUACACUUCUUCGUACAAAGCACAAUUGUGACAGGUACUUCACAUUUGUACACUGCAGGAAAAUCCCUCUCUGGAUGUGUUUCCAAAACCAAAUCACUCUUUCAAGAAGGAUUACAAGUUGGAAUGUAUUGACCCUAAACACCCGUCCUACAUCUGUGUGUGUACCAUAGUCAAAGUAAAAGGAGCACGCCUCAGGCUUCAUUUUGAUGGUUGGUCUGAGAGUUACGACUUCUGGACUAACGUGGAUUCGCCGUUUAUCUAUCCCAUGCACUGGUGUGAAAGGAACAGCCAGGUUCUGCACCCACCAAGAAGUAAGUCACCCAAAGUAACUCGGUUUUCGAGGUCUUCGUCGAAGAACCCGAACAUUUUCUGAUUUCAUGUUGUCCAAUAAAAAGAAUACGAACACUUCAACUGAAACUUCCGGAAAAUAAAGGCUUUGGGAGUUGGAUUCAGCCCAUCGAAGUUGAAAUCUUCAAUUAGAGUUGUGGAGAAGUUUAAAAGGAUAAAAGGCAGGGUAGACCGAAGAGAACUAAUACAUCACGUAAACUGCUUAGCCAUGGUCACGGGUGCUUGGUGUAUGAUGAAUGCUUUCUCUUAGUUCGUUUUCCAUUUCAGGUUUCACGAAACAGGAGUUCAACUGGGAAAAGUACUUGAAGAAAUGUGGAGCUAAGGCGGCUCCAGAAAAUCUGUUCAGAGAGGUAAGUUUAUGCAAAAAUACGUCAAAUUACCGAAACAUUGAUGGUGCUAUGGAUAGUUGAAUUUACCAUGGAUGUAGUUACUGAUGCAUUUAGAUGUUCUUGUAUCUACAUGAAUGAAAUUAAAAUUAACGAAAAACGGUCUAUUAGCUUCUAAAUGUGUAAUUUUUCAUCCUAACACGACAGGUCCAACCGACAUUACACGGAUUUAAAGUCGGUAUGAAACUAGAAGCUGUCGAUCGCAAGAACCCGGAUCUGAUAUGUGUUGCUACGGUGACCAACGUGAUUGGCAACUAUUUCUUAGUUCAUUUUGACGAGUGGGACGACUCUUAUGACUACUGGUGUCAGGACGAUUGUCCGUACAUUCACCCUGUCGGGUGGUGUGCAGAGAACGGCAAGAAACUUAACCCUCCUAAUGGUUAGUAGUAGUAAGGUGAUAUGAUUUCUAAUAAUAUAUCUGCAUGCGAAGAAAAAGAAACAUUCCAUGGGUGUAUGUCGGAUAUAAGAUGGUAAAUAGUAAAUGAAACGCGUUGCGCUCAGUGGGCGACAAUUAAUCUCUUAUUUAACGAGCGUGAUUGAACUUAUAGUUUGAUUAAAUUGUCCUAUUUUCGAUAUAAAUUUGGAAGCUGACAGCAUUUGUUAUUGCGCUCAAAUUUGGUAAACCAUUCAGCCGAAAAAAAGUUGGGAAACGUUGGAGCGUUCGUUUUUAGGCUUGGUAAAAUGGGUAAUAUUUAUGGUAGUUUGUUUUUGAGAUGAUCAUUUGCAAUCCAUGAUCCUCCAGCAUUUUUAUUGUCUGCUAUCUCAAGAUUUUACUAAAUUUUUAGGCAAUUCUCAUUGAAGCUAACUUGUCUCAAAAUAUCGCACAUUUCAGAUGACGAAGUGUACACAUUCCAGUGGGAGGAGUACCUGAGGACGACUGGUGCUGUUGCGGCGCCUCCAGAUCUCUUCAAAAAGGUCAGAUUUAUACGUUAAUCCUUGAGGGCCUUUAUUUUUGGAUCAAAGGGGGUAAUUUAAUUAAAUUAUCUGCUAGGUUUCUUGCUAUAACCACUAGAUAAAAAUAUUUCAGAGUUUUUUUUGAAUCAUCUUUUAUGUUAUUAUGUGAAAUUUUGGUUAAGUGGCCACGUCAUUUAAAUAUUAUUUGGCCACAAAAUGUAAUAUUUUAAUUUAAAACUGAACACUCCUAAUCCAUCUUUCAAGGUCUAUAUUAUGGAAAUAAACUUGCUGCACAUGACAGAAAAUUAUAUUAAGUCCUUACAUGCUCUUUUGGUUUUUUAAUGUAAUUGAACUGGAGUGCGGUUUGGUGUGAUACCGCACUUUCCUGCAAUUUGAUUCAAUUUAGAGAAGUCUCGAAAUCUGAUUUGUUGUUUUGGCUGGAAUAGAUGCGAUUUAGAGCAAAACAUUGUGUGAUUUGUGAAUAACCAAUUUGCAUGCAAAAAUUUGAGCAUGCUCAUUGGCUGAGAACACGUCAAUUCAACCCAUAAAGUGCAGAAAAUUGAAAUUGAGUGAAAAAGGUUGAAAGUAAAUAGCUUGAUUGGAAAGAAAUAGGUUAGAAGGAAGUAACAACGUUGUAAUUCUGAGUUUGAAGGAGGGUGCUAAGAACGAAAAACAUCCAGCAAAGCACAAAAAACUGAACAAAGGUCCGGAAGUCUAGGAUUCCAAUACCUAACUGAGAAAAAGUCUAAACACUUGACUAUUCGUGACAGAAAGUAUAAAAGCUCAAAGCAAGUUCUUGCGGGAAAGACCCGAUAAUUCCAGAAGCAACCCACCAAUAAGUCAGGACACGAAAUAAACACGACUAAGAGGAAAAUGUUUGCCUAUAUUUUUAUCAACAAGUAAUCACAUGAAUUUUUUGGGGUGAUUUGGGAUAAAUCAGCACUUGUAGAUUUUUCAAAGACUACAAAUUGCACUCGCCCCACUGGCUUGUGCAAUUUGGUUGGCCUUUGAAAAAUUUACUUCUGCUGAUUUAUUCCAAAUUGCACUUGAUUUCUUGCGAUUACCUUUACAAAUCGUUCUGCUGAGAGCCUAUCAGAUUGUAGGAUCACUGUGAUUUCAAAAUGGAUGCAAUGAAGUAAUAUUAAGCUUCACCCUGAUGCAUUGUUUUCUUUGUAGCGCCCCAAGCCAAGUUUUAAGCCUGGGGAGAGAAUGGAAGCAGUUGAUAAACGGAAUCCAUCUCUAGUCCGAGCAGCUAGAGUAGCUGCAGUGGAAGAAUACAGAGUCAAGGUGCAUCUAGAUGGCUGGGAUGAUAUCUAUGAUGACUGGUUUGAUGCUGAUUCUACUGACCUACACCCAGUUGGGUGGUGCGAAAAAACGGGACAUCCUCUGGAAACGCCCUUAAGUGAGUGUCGAUUGUAUCACCAUUUGAUCGUAUUUCCAUCAUUAAGGGGGAGGGGGGAGAAGGCUGCAAAUCGUAAUCUUUUUUGCCUGCCGUUACUCAAAGUUAACCACAAAAGAUUCAAAAGAAAGUGUCAGUGACUCUACCAAAUGACAGGUGUCGUCAACAGACGAUACGAAGCUCGCACUCAGGUCGGUAUUCGUGUACCCCUCUUUCUUUGUAAACUUCAGUUGUAUUCGGCUGCUUAUGCUGGAGUUCUCAUUGCCUGUUACGGAAUUUUUGAAUUAGCCUUACACCGCAUGAUUUUCAACCGUUAUUCCAUAUAUAACAUUAUCGAUGUCGAGUAGAGACCUUUAUCCUAGAUCAGUCCAGCAGCCAAUCUCAUUAUAAUGGUUGUCUUUUCUUUAUAGCAACCCGCGAAAAGAUCUCAAGUGCUGCUUGUCCGACUCCCGGAUGUAAAGGCAUUGGUCAUGUAAAGGGCGCUAAGUAUUCCACUCAUCACAGCACGUUUGGCUGCCCGUACUCACUGCAGAACCUGAACAAAGACUCAUGCCUAGUGGAUCGGCUCUCCAACAACUCCAUGACUGAAGAAUCCGACUGGUCCUAUGCUUCUAAACAGAAAACGACUGGAUUCAAAGAAGUAAAACGUAAGGCUGAGGCAAUAACUGACUAGUCAUGACAAGAUUGAUUUGAUGAAUUGUUUUUGCCCAUUAAUGUUUCAGCUGAGAUUCCUUCAAGUCCAACCGUGGAAGGGGUGUGUCCCACACCAGGAUGUAAUGGCCUGGGUCACGUCACUGGACACUGGAAGACUCAUUACACGUAAGCUACAUCUAUAUGCAGGAGGAGGGUGGGGUGGGUGGGGAAGUAUUGUAAAAUGUUGCACGUAUCACGGAAAAACUUUGAAAUGGGAGAGGGUUAUUCAAACCUUUACUGAUGAGUUUAAAAAGAAACUUGAUGCUGGUUGCUGGUUGAUGCUAGAUAAGCUGGUUAAAAUUGUGGUAUUCAUCUCUAAGUGCCUUUGGUCGUAACUUUGUGAAAGAAUCUUGGUUAACAACUGGGCUUUGUGAUGUAACUGAUUCAUAUGAAUAACUUUUGUAGAAUGGCAUACGGUGAACAAUUUUCCCUCUCCUCUGAAGGGGAGACCAGUCCAGCAGGUCGUUAAGUUAAUCAGUUGUGGUUUUCUCUCACAAAUCGAUUGCAUUGUCGUCGUAUAGUUUCUGUUUCUGUUUCUGUUUUUCCAAAUAUUUUCGCUUUCUUUGCCCUCAGUUUCCUCUUAGACUAAAGUCAUGGUAAAUUUGUUGUUAAGUUCGUUAUAGACAUGAACAGAUCUUCUCAAACUUGAACUUCUGCUAGAGUUGAUAGAAGGGAAGCACACAGUUUAACUGUGCCACUGAUAUCUAUAUCUAACGACUAGAAUAGUAUCCAGGCUCUAACAACUCAAAGGAAUUACAAUAAUUCGCUGCGCCAAGAGCCACUCAUAUGCCUCUCUCCAGGUCUAAUAUCUUAUUUUGUUUUCGUAGUCUGUCAGGCUGCCCAAACAAUGAAGCAAACCAAGGCAAGAUCUUUUCGAAGCAUACCAGCAAGUCUCCCGUUUUCAAGAAAAUUCCACACCUCGCCCCCAACAGUCCUCCUUCUGUCCACUCAGGUGCCAAAGCACCAGUUGGUGGAAGUAUUAUAUCUACCCGAAGCUCUGCUAGGUAAGCUGUGUAUCCUGUUGAAAUCUCCUAUUUGAUCAGUAGCCGCAUGGAUGUUCACGGCUUGCAGAUUCAUCGAAACAGCGCUGUUCCUUCAGUAGUAGAACCUGUCUUACUGUUUGUUAACCUCGGUGAAUCAUUUGCACCUUUUUGGAUUAUAGGAAGUGCUUAAAGGUCAACUUCAAAGUUCUCUAUUGAAACUGUCAUGAAAUAGUUUUUCAUGAUCAGAAAUCUCGAAGGCAUGUUACACUAAGUCAAGCAACCAAUUUGUUUCGAGUCGUCAGUGCAUAACUACGAGUUCAAAUAAAAGUUUCUUUGUGUCCUUUGUUCAAACAGGAAAGUUUUUGUUAAAGAUGAGAAACACCAUGGAAUGCGCCAGAAGUGUAAGUCACUCUUAUUACUUACUAGUAAGUCUCUCCUUGAAGUUCUGCUGUUAGUUGUAUUCAAGAAUGUAUAAUGUUGCUUGUGUAAGAGACGACAGCUAAUUAGAUUCUUUUCAUACUCGGUAAUUGGUAUGAGGUCCAGGUGAUGAGUGGCUAGUAUUUGAGGGGAUUCCUGAGUAGCUUCUUUGAUAUCCAAUUCAUCGAACUGUUAAACUCAAUUUUCCAGGGUUUCAAGAAUUUAUCUACUGCCUGUAAUCAAGCUAGAGUCUACCAUUCUGUUUUUGAGGUCCGUCACAAUGUAAAAAUAUUGCCUGAUAACUUUGCUAAACGUUUGUGGCUAUGAUUUUUUGUCGUCUCAGACGCAGACAAGGCUGUUCAGCAUGUCACACCGUUCUCGUUUCCCUGGCCUUUGGGAAGCCAGUUCUCCAUGAUGGGUCUCAGCGAGCUGAAGGCCGCCAUCAGUUUAGAAAAUGACUCGGUGGCCUCCAACGAAAGGCAACGAAUGAUUAAGUGGACUGUGGAUGACGUUAUGAGUCACGUGCGCGCGCUCGGCUGCACGGAACAGGCUAAGAUAUUUGGAGACCAGGUACAUUUUUAUGAUAUUUAUUGCCAUUACCGUGUAUUGUCAUUGUACAUUUACAGCGUGUAUUUUAAGGCGUUUUUUUCGUGGACUGUCUGUGUACCCGACCGUCAUUUUGCAUUGCAAGAACUCAGAAUUUAGUGAAGUGGUGGCGAUGAAGGUGGACGGCAGGUGUUUACAUGUGUGUCAUAAGCAAUUCCCAGACCACUUUCAAUACUUGAUCCUAACUCAUGCCAGUACUUUGCAGGACGCAUUUCACAUGUGAAACUAGUCCUAAGUAGCUCACCAUAGAGUCUCAGUGUGGUAGAGCAUUAUGGUCUCAAGUGUGGUAGAGCAUCGGAGAGAGGAAUCCGAAGGUCCGAGGUUCGAUUCCUCGUGGGGACUCAGAUUUUUUCGUUGUCCUACGCUCGUAAAGGGAGGAAUAACAUCUUCUCAAAUUCAUUACAUAGAUGUGAAUAUUCAGUGCUUAAAGAGGGUGCAUUACGGGUGGUAUACCAGUCAAACAAAUUGGUAAAUUAGAUCGUCUUUCUGUAGUCCUCUUCUCCACUUACCUUGCCGAGCUUUUGCAUAACGUUUAUUUGUUAUCUUUCAGCUGAUCGACGGAGAAGCUUUCCUCUUGCUGACGCAGAACGAUAUCGUCAAUAUUCUUAAGAUCAAGCUUGGACCGGCGCUCAAAAUAUUCAACACCAUACCAAAGCAUUAAUUAAGUUUAUUGUUCCUAUCCGAAAAAGAAUCAAACAAUUUGUUCAUCCUUGCGAAACGCCCUUACUUCCAUCUUAUUUCCAAAGAACGUUACAACUUACGGAAAAGAUUAAAAAGGUAUGCCCGCCAACGUCCAUGGAAGAGAGACGGGUCGAUGAAAAAUGAUAAAUAACUUUAAGGUGAAUCACAACUGGAUGACAACGGAAAGCGAAAGGGUCUCAUCCACUGAGGACCUUCGAGGCAUUGCGAAGACAUUUCCCACAGAGUUUAUGUUGCUGGAGAGAGUCCUUUUGUCGACUUUGCGGUAUUUAAAUGGAUUUGGAAGCUGCCUCAAA